CUGCAUAUUGUCAUGGCCUGUGCUAUCUGAAAUCCUUGGGACGUCCGGGAUCAAAGGCCAUUGGAUUUGAAAUGGUUGAGGUAAGGGUUAAGGUUAGGAUAAGGGUAGGGAUUAGGUUACGGACGUCCUAAGAAUACCGUAUAGCACUAACCAUUGUUGUCACGAAGAGGAUCAACUGUCAAUUGGGCUGGAGGUUCUGUAAGACCCGCCCUAUGUGCUCGACAUUUUGUAUGUGCGUUUAUAGAUAACAGUGCAGGACUGGCAUACCAACUCUGGUGUCCAUACUUUGAAGAGACAGAGAGAGGAAGGACACACAGUGUGACACGCAUCUCUCAUCAUCCUCGGUUGAUAUUUGCCUUUCGGAUCUACAGUCGCACAAUAGAAAAUACGCAUUUACCAAGAUGCCCAAGCCACUGACAGACCAGGAUAAGAGGAAGCAGAUAUCUGUGCGGGGGCUUGCAGGAGUGGAAAAUGUUUCAGACCUUAAGACCAAUUUUAAUCGCCAUCUCCACUUUACGCUGGUAAAGGACCGAAAUGUGGCGACCAAAAGGGACUACUACUUCGCCUUGGCCAACACUGUCCGCGACCAUCUGGUGGGCAGAUGGAUCAGGACGCAGCAGCACUACUAUGAGAAAGACCCCAAACGUGUGUAUUACCUGUCCCUUGAGUUCUACAUGGGGCGCACCCUGCAGAAUACAAUGGUGAACCUGGCUCUGGAGAAUGCAUGCGACGAGGCUACCUAUCAGUUGGGCCUGGACAUGGAGGAGCUGCAGGACAUUGAGGAAGAUGCCGGCCUGGGAAAUGGUGGCCUUGGACGGCUCGCCGCCUGCUUCCUAGAUUCCAUGGCGUCUCUGGGACUGGCAGCUUACGGCUACGGCAUCCGCUAUGAGUUCGGCAUCUUCAACCAGAAAAUUGUGAAUGGCUGGCAGGUAGAGGAGGCUGACGAUUGGCUGCGCUACGGCAACCCAUGGGAGAAGGCCCGCCCUGAGUACAUGCGACCCGUCCACUUCUACGGCAGAGUGGAGCACACCCCCGAGGGUUUGAAAUGGGUCGACACACAGGUAGUGUUGGCCCUUCCUUAUGACACCCCGGUCCCUGGCUACAGGAACAAUGUUGUCAACACCAUGAGACUGUGGUCUGCCAAGGCCCCCUGUGAUUUCAACCUGAAAGACUUCAACGUGGGUGGCUAUAUUCAAGCUGUGCUGGACAGAAACUUGGCUGAGAACAUCUCCCGUGUUCUGUACCCCAAUGACAACUUCUUCGAGGGCAAGGAGCUUCGUCUGAAGCAGGAGUACUUUGUGGUGGCGGCCACUCUGCAGGACAUCGUCCGUCGCUUCAAGUCCUCCAAGUUCGGCUCCACUGAGGUUGUGCGCGUUGACCUGUCCACCCUACCUGACAAGGUGGCCAUCCAGCUGAACGACACCCACCCUGCCAUGGCCAUCCCUGAGCUGAUGAGGAUCUUGUUGGACACAGAGCACCAGACAUGGGAGAAGGCCUGGGACAUCUGUACACGUACCUGUGCCUACACCAACCACACCGUCCUGCCUGAGGCUCUGGAGCGCUGGCCCACCGACCUGCUCCAGAACCUUCUGCCCAGACAUCUGGAGAUCAUCUACGAGAUCAACCGCCGUCACCUGGAGCGCAUCGCUAAGCUCUACCCCGGGGACCAGGAUCGUCUGCGCCGCAUGUCCCUAGUGGAGGAGGGCGACCAGAAGAAAAUCAACAUGGCCCACCUGUGCAUCGUGGGCUCCCACGCCGUCAACGGAGUGGCCCGCAUCCACUCGGACAUCCUCAAAGCAACUCUGUUCAAGGACUUCUACGAGGUGGACCCCCACAAGUUCCAGAACAAGACCAACGGGAUCACGCCCCGACGCUGGCUGGUCAUGUGCAACCCUGGGCUGGCUGAAGUCAUUGCAGAGAGGAUCGGUGAGGAUUACAUCCGCGAUCUGGACCAACUGAAGAAGUUGCUGACGUUUGUGGAUGACGACUCUUUGAUUCAUGACAUCGCCAAGGUCAAACAGGAGAACAAGCUGAAGUUUUCUGCCUAUCUGGAAGAGCACUACAAGGUGAAGAUCAACCCCAACUCCAUGUUCGACGUUCAAGUCAAGAGGAUCCACGAGUACAAGAGGCAGCUCCUCAACUGCCUGCACAUCAUCACUCUCUACAACCGCAUCAAGAAGGAGCCCAACAAGAAUUGGACACCCAGGACUAUCAUGAUUGGAGGAAAGGCUGCCCCUGGGUAUCACACGGCAAAGCUGAUCAUUAGGCUGAUCACUGCCAUCGGAGAGAUUGUCAACCACGACACUGUGGUGGGAGACCGCCUCAAAGUCAUCUUCCUGGAGAACUACAAGGUCACUCUGGCCGAGAAAAUCAUCCCUGCGUCCGACCUGUCUGAGCAGAUCUCCACAGCUGGCACUGAGGCAUCUGGCACUGGCAACAUGAAGUUCAUGCUGAACGGAGCACUCACCAUCGGCACCAUGGACGGAGCCAACGUAGAGAUGGCCGAGGAGGCCGGAGAAGAGAACCUCUUCAUCUUCGGCAUGAGGGUGGACGACGUGGACGCCAUGGACAAGAGUGGAUAUGAUGCCAUGGACUACUACAACCGCAUUCCUGAGCUGAAGCAGGCCAUGGACCAGAUCGCUGGUGGAUUCUUUAGCCCCGACCAGCACGACCUCUUCAAGGACAUUGUCAACAUGCUGCUUCACCAUGAUAGAUUCAAGGUGUUCGCUGACUACGAAGCUUACAUCAAAUGCCAAGAGAAAGUCAGUGCUCUCUACAAGAACCCUAAAGAAUGGACCAAGAUGGUGAUCCACAACAUCGCUGGUUGUGGUAAAUUCUCUAGCGACCGCACUAUCUCCCAGUACGCCCGGGAGAUCUGGGGCAUGGAGCCCAGCCUGGAAAGGAUCCCUGCCCCAGACGAGCCUCGCCAAUAAACCCCAGCCUUAAAACCAACCUCUGGUUUUUCCACAGCCCCAGCUUCUGGUUUUUCCACAGCCCCAGCUUCUGGUUUUGCCUCUGGCUAUUCCACAAGAAAACCAUUUCAACCUGAGAAAUGGUUUAGAAACCUGAAAGCUCCCUGUAACUAGUACAUUUUCAUUGUGUCAUUUCAUUGUGGUCAGUAUUAGUUGAUGAUUGACUAUAAAUGUAGCAAUCCCUGUCCGGCUACGUGAUGGCCAAUAACCUGAUACCACUUUCAACCUCGACAUUCAGCAUUACAUUUCUCAAUGGGCUAAUUCAAAAUCAGCAUUCACCUUCUCAAUUGGUUAAUUCAAAUCAGCAUUCACCUUCUCAAUGGGCUAAUUCAAAAUCAGCAUUCACCUUCUCAAUGGGCUAAUUCAAAUUCAGCAUUCACCUUCUCAAUGGGCUAAUUCAAAUUCAGCAUUCACUUUCUCAAUGGGCUAAUUCAAGUCAGCAUUCACCUUCUCAAUGGGCUAAUUCAAAUCAGCAUUCACCUUCUCAAUAGGCUAAUUCAAAUCAGCAUUCACCUUCUCAAUGGGCUAAUUCAAAUCAACAUUCACCUUCUCAAUGGGCUAAUUCAAAUCAGCAUUCACCUUCUCACAUGCACCAGCAAUGCAUAGUCAACUGGCUUGUGCAACAUUAAUAUCACCAAUAACACUGUUCACCAUCAUUUAAGCUAACAUGAUCAGAGAAUACACCCUUUAACAGUCAGUGGGGUCAACAAGUAGCUGGACACCUCACCACUGUCUAAUGGUACCAAAACCAUGUCUUCCAAGACUGAGACAUGAUGGGACAUAGAGACUUAUCAAAAUAAAGUAUUCAAAAUAAGCACGUUCUUCUCACAUAGACACUGUGAUUUUACACUACUGAUUCGGCCUGCCAAGGACCACCUCUUUAUUCAUAUCUGCACCGAAUAACCACUCAAGUUGAAGGGACUAGGUUAACAUGCGUGAUCCUUGAUGUUAUAAAACUGUUUGCUCAAUGUAUGUCUGUCUGUAUGUCGAAUGUAGUAAUUUUUGCGUGUUAAUAAUGCUUGUGUUUUGGGUAGCCCACACACAAUCCUUAUUGCUAAAAUACUUUCUGCUAUAGGCUGCGUUUUGUUUAUAAUGAUCCGAUCAGUAUAUCCUCAAAACGUUGUUCCAGUGUUGGAAAAUGAUCCUUCAUAUAGUGCAACAAACUAAGCCUUCUCUCCUCCACCUUUUCUGCCUAAUACCUCUCUGAGUGACUAUAAUGCUGCCUUAACUAAGCUGUGUGUGUAGUUGUUCAGCCUAAAGUGACCCCACAUUGACUUCUCACUGUUAAGCUGCAAGUCUUUUUUGAUGUUCAGAUAAAUAAGCAUAUCUGGUACAAUAGUAUUUCUCACUGUUUGGAAGUCUUGGACUUAAUUUAAUGUUAACGCUACUGAAUCACUAGUAAUUGAGUGUGUAGGGUUGAUAAAGAUUGCACAACGUCCAGUAGUUUUCUUCCAUUAGAGAGACUCUGAAAAGCACUUAAAGCUUCAAACUCUGCAUUCUCUUGUCAAUGUGAAACAACAGUCAAUAAAGGAGACAAAGUUACAA